CCGCUUGAUUGGGCGGUUUACUUCGCCGCUGAUUGGCCGAGAUCCCGGAGAGACGGUGUAGAGCUCGGGGUGGCAUAAAAGGGCAGAAGUACCAGGGUCGCAGGGUUCAAGAUGGCUCCGGCCUCCUUGGGUGACGUAGAGGGGAGACCUUGGGUCCGCCCCUCCCUCUUGGAGAAGCGGGGAGCAGAGCUGGGGCUAGCCCGACGUGUGGAUGGUGCGGCCGUCGGUCUGUGGCGCUGCUGUUAACCCCGCUCUCUCGGUUGGACGACUCAGCCUCUCUAGGUGAUUCUCACGGCAGGACCGAGCCAAAGGCUCGCCGCUGUGAUGUGACACGGCAGACCACAGUGGACCUCCGUCCUAAACCUUAAGAGCAGGAAAGGACUGGUUCCACCCCCUUAUGAGUGGGCGCCCAAAGACCAGAGCCCGACUCUUAGGUGACCCGCCGCCGCAGGAUGGUGUAGAUCCGCCCCUUGCUUGUAAUUUGCCCUGCAGUGAUUUGGAUCUUCUUCCUGGCUGGACCGCUGGCAGCUUGGGCCUUUCCUACACUCAGUGACCCUCACUGUGGCCCAAGGCCCAGAAUUAGGUAACAGUCCUCUCACUACCAAGGGAUCUCUUCAUCAAGUCAUGUAAAUCAUCCAGGGCAAAGGUGUCCAUGGGCGGGCGACAAUAACAGUCUAGCUAAGGAUUGUCCAAUACCUUGAUUAAAAGGCCCUGUGUGACUGAGGAAUAAAGAAAGGUGAGAAGCUGGGACUCUCGGGUACGGAGAAGCGAAGAUUCUGGAGUGUCGAAGAGGUUUAGAUGCUCAAGUGACUAUGGAGGUAGGAGUAUGGAGCCGUCCAGAGUAUGAGGAAGAGGGAAGGUUUGGCCAGUCGGAUACACGGCUCAUCCCGUCACUCCAUCACCCGUAGGAAGCAGUGUUUUAUUGCUCAAAUUCCAUCGAAAGGAAGGACUUAAGAUUCUUACAAGGCUCAAACUCUGGGUACUCCUCCCCCAGGCUCUCACGUGCUGCUAUUGCAAGCAUACCCCCCACCAAAGCCAGCAGCCAGCUUGUGUGUCGAGGGGAGGGGUUGCCUCCGACUGGGUGAAUGAAGAACUAGGAAAGUACGUAGGCAAACAAGCUUGAAAGGGAGAGAAAGGUCAGAGGGCCCCUUUAUCUUUAAAGACCUAAGGUGGGUGGAGGAGAUGGACACCCGGGACAAAGGGCAAGCGGACAGAAAGCUGGAGAGCUAUUCAGGGAAAGCCGGAGUCCUGGACAAAAAAAGGUGAACCCGAUGCUUGAACCCAGAAGGUGACUAGAAUGGAGCUGUGGCCCGGGGCCUGGACGGCGCUGCUGCUGCUGCUCCUCCUGCUGUCCACCCUGUGGUUCUGCAGCUCCAGUGCCAAGUAUUUCUUCAAGAUGGCCUUCUACAACGGCUGGAUCCUCUUCCUGGCUAUACUCGCAAUCCCCGUGUGCGCCGUGCGAGGACGCAAUGUCGAGAACAUGAAGAUCUUGCGUCUGAUGCUGCUCCACAUCAAAUACCUGUAUGGGAUCCGAGUGGAGGUGCGGGGGGCUCACCACUUCCCUCCCACGCAGCCCUACGUUGUUGUGUCCAACCACCAGAGUUCCCUCGACCUGCUUGGAAUGAUGGAGGUACUGCCAGAUCGCUGUGUGCCCAUUGCCAAGCGUGAGCUACUUUGGGCUGGCUCUGCCGGGCUGGCCUGCUGGCUGGCAGGAGUCAUCUUCAUUGACCGGAAGCGCACAGGAGAUGCCAUCAGUGUCAUGUCUGAGGUGGCCCAGACCCUGCUCACCCAGGAUGUGAGAGUCUGGGUUUUUCCUGAAGGAACGAGAAACCACAAUGGCUCCAUGCUGCCCUUCAAACGAGGCGCCUUCCACCUUGCAGUCCAGGCCCAGGUCCCCAUCGUCCCCAUCGUCAUGUCCUCCUACCAAGACUUCUACUCCAAAAAGGAACGGCGCUUCACCUCGGGACGAUGUCAGGUGCGGGUGCUGCCCGCAGUGCCCACAGAAGGGCUGACACCAGAUGAUGUCCCAGCUCUGGCAGACAGAGUCCGGCACUCCAUGCUCACCGUCUUCCGGGAGAUCUCCACUGAUGGCCUGGGUGGUGGCGACUGUCUGAAGAAGCCUGGGGGAGCGGGCGAGGCCCGGCUCUGAGCUCCACCCGUCCUCCCCUUCCUCCUCCCCGUACCUCUGACCCGGGGCCUGGGGCAGGACCAGGCCCUCCUCCCGGGUCCCCACUCCCUACUCUCCCUUUGGAAUCCUCAACUUCUGAAGUGAAUGUCACUCCGUGCUCUCUCCCUGCCCCACCUGUGGACUCUCCUGUGUGGGUGCAGUCUCCACUCGGAGCCCACCUGCCAUCUUGUCUUGUGGGACAGUUGCUUCCCCUCAUCUCAAGUGGCUCAGCCGAUACAAGGGUGGGAGACAUGCCUCCCCAGCCCUUCCCCACUGGUCUCUUUGUGGCCUUCUCUCCCUCUCUGCCCUACACUGGACAGUGGACUCAUGCGUUCUGUGGGACAUCCAUCCUUCACCCCCAAGUCCACAGAGUGACUGGGCUCAUCUUCUCGUGAGGACUCCUCAUCCUGUGGCUGGAAGCUGAACCUGACACUCCUCACAGGCUCACCUGGGGACUGCCUCGGCACCAUCACCCUCAAUGGGGCUGUCACCCUCAAUGGGGCUGGCUCUUGUAACUCAGAGGUCUCGUCCCUGCCUGUGCCAGGGGCUGAGCACACUCCAGAUUCCAAUUUCUGGUCCCCCUUGCCUUCCCCCUGCCCUGGGUAGUGGUCUUCAGGGUCCUGGCCCAACACCGUCUAACCAAAUUCUGGAGAGGACGACGCCAGAAGCUGCUCUCUGCUCCCUGGAGCCUUAGAGAACCUGACCCAGCAAGAGGGAGAGGAGGGCGCUUAAUUUAUUUCUUUUUUCUUUUGAGGUACCUCCCUCUCUGAGCCAAUUUUCAUUUCCUCCCAGUGGCAUUGGCCACCCCCUGCCUCCCACUCUAGACCCAUUCCUAAAGCCCAGGAGGUAGGCUGGGGGAAGAAGGAACAGGCGGGAUCCAGUUUUGUGUGGUUGGUUUUUAUUAUCUGGAUAACAGCAAGCAACUGAAAAUAAAAAGAAAGAGAGACGCGG